CUCCUCCCCAAAUCACCACACCUCACUCCCUCUCCUCACUCCUCACUCGCAAGCCUCGCUCCUCUCCCUCCGCUCGCUCUCCUCGCUCGGCCGCAGCGACAAGAAGCAUGGGCCUCUCGGUGAUCGCUCCGCCGGCCGGCGACUCGGCGUCCCCGGCGCACCGCCGCGCGCGCCGCGCCUUCCUCGUGUCCAACUACAUGAUCCUCGGCGCGGCGUCCGGGUGCGGCUUCCUCACGCUCUCGCUCCGCCUGGUGCCCUCCGUCGACGGCUUCCUCCUCAUCCUGCUCCACGCGCUCACCGUGGCGGCCGCCGUGGCCGGGUGCGCCGUCAUCGCGGCGCCCGACCCGCCGCAGGGCCGCGUCUACACCGCCCACAUGUCCGCCACCGUCGUCGUGUCCAUCCUGCAGGGCGCCGCCGCCGUGCUCGCCUUCUCCCGCACCGCCGAGUUCCUCGCCGACGGGCUCCGGUCCUACGUCCGCGAGGAGGACGGCGCCGUCAUCCUGCGCAUGAUCGGGGGCCUCGGCAUCGCCAUCUUCUGCCUCGAGUGGGUCGCCCUCGCGCUCGCCUUCGUCCUCAGGUACUACGCCUACGUCGACAGGGAGUGCGGCGGCAACCCCAUGCGCCGCAGCGCCAAGGUCGGCGGCGAGGACGGCGCCGGCAACUGGCCGUGGCCGUUCCAGGUCUGAUCUGAUCCGCCACAAGGAUGAUGAUGCAGCAAGCAAUUUAUGAUGUUGGGGCCUUGGGGGAGGGGUGUCUCAAGACGAGAAGAGCUGAGAACCGAUAGUUCUUGGGAGAAAAACUAGUGUUUGGUGAUAUUACUAUUCGUUUAUUGGGUUGUAUUGUGUGGUGUGGUAUAUGAUUAUGUUGUACUGCGGCUGUUGCCACCUCUAUAAUAUUAUUUGAAAUUCCUGUUCAA